UCUUCCUCAUCAAUUUUCCAUUCUUAUAGAAUCAAACAUUACUCCAAUGCGUAAGCUUUCUUCAACUCCAAUUCUCUCUUAAACCCUAAUUCAAUGUAUCCCUGCACUUUCAUACGUAUCAUCGUCGGUAACUUGGCCGUUAGGUUCCCGGCAUCAUCUUCGUCGGGACCUAUUGUCUCAGACGCAGCUUCCGUUAAUUGGUACUGUAAGAUCAAAUUCAAGAGUUUCCCACGCCAAACAGUCUCUGUCCCCGUUCUGUUACGAACCAGAUCCGAAUCUGAGCCACGGUGGUGCUCCGGUGGCGUGUCAACCGUCGCUGCUUGCUUCACUCUAAGCAAGGCUCAGAUCGAAUGGUCUCUUGAGAAGGCUAAACGGAGUGUCCUCUCCGUCGAGGUUUAUUCCCCCGCUACGUCGUGUUGUGCGGGCGAGAAGCUGAUUGGUCGGUUCGAGGUUUCGUUGGACUUGAAGACGGCGGAGACGAGGACGUGUUUGGCUCACCACGGAUGGGCUGAAUUGGGCUUUAAUAGUAAGUCCAAGGAGGUAAAGAAGUCCGGGUCGGAUCCGGAGCUCCACGUUAGCGUACGGGUUGAACCGGAUCCGAGGUUUGUGUUUGAGUUCGACGGUGAGCCGGAGUGUAGUCUUCAGGUUUUUCUGGUCAAAGGAAAUGACAAGCAAGCUGUUUUCACGUCUAAGUUCGGUUUAAGAAACUCCGGUGACCGGAAUCUUUCUAGAUUAUCGUCAUUGACCGCGGGAAAUGAACAUAAUUUGACAGAGAGAAAAGGUUGGUCGGUAACGAUCCAUGAUCUCUCUGGGUCGCCAGUAGCUAUGGCUUCAAUGGUCACACCUUUCGUACCAUCACCUGGUUCCAACCGCGUGUCUCGGUCAAGCCCCGGCGCGUGGCUCAUCCUUCGACCUGAUGGUUACACAAUGAAGCCAUGGGGUCGUCUCGAGGCAUGGCGUGAGCCAGGCAUCUCUGACUUUCUAGGUUACCGGUUUGAGCUGUUUCAAGAUAAUAUCACUACUGUGAUCUCAUCAUCGUCGUCGAUCAGCACAAAACUAGGCGGGAGUUUCGCCAUCGACGGGACCAUCACCACCGCAGCCACCGUCACGGCUGCUUCCUUGACUCUUUCUGAUGGAAGUUUCGAUCUUUCGUCCGGGUUGAGUGCAAGAUCAUCAAGAACCGGUUCAGGAUGCGGGUCGGAUUUCGGGUUUCUUCUGCCCCAAGCACAGCACAACUUCGGGUUUGUGAUGUCGACGACGGUGGAAGGAGUUGAGAAACAGAGCAAGCCUAAGGUUGAGGUAGGUGUGAAGCACGUGACAUGUUUGGAAGAUGCGGCGGCGCACGUGGCUUUAGCAGCGGCUGUGGAUUUAAGUAUGGAUGCUUGUAGACUCUUUACCCACAAGAUAAGGAAAGAGCUGAGACAGCCAAGUAGUGUUGGUGUCGUUUAACGUUUACGGCUUCUGUCGUUUUGGCGUAGGAGAUUAGUUUCUUCUUCCACUAGAAUAAUUUUAGUUUCUAGUGGAAGAAAGUAGAAAAAUAACUUUAGAGCUUUGAAUCAAUUGACAAUGGAGUAUCUUAUUUUUUUUUUACUACACAACUCACAAGCAACACUCAAACCACACUCAGAAAACAUCAAUGUAUAUGUUUUCUUUAAAGAAACA